AGCAGCAGCAGCAGCAGCAGCAGCAGCAGCAGCAGCAGCAGCAGCAGCAGCAGCAGCAGCAGCAGCAGCAGCAGCAGCAGCAGCAGCAGCAGCAGCAGCAGCAGCAGCAGCAGCAGCAGCAGCAGCAGCAGCAGCAGCAGCAGCAGCAGCAGCAGCAGCAGCAGCAGCAGCAGCAGCAGCAGCAGCAGCAGCAGCAGCAGCAGCAGCAGCAGCAGCAGCAGCAGCAGCAGCAGCAGCAGCAGCAGCAGCAGCAGCAGCAGCAGCAGCAGCAGCAGCAGCAGCAGCAGCAGCAGCAGCAGCAGCAGCAGCAGCAGCAGCAGCAGCAGCAGCAGCAGCAGCAGCAGCAGCAGCAGCAGCAGCAGCAGCAGCAGCAGCAGCAGCAGCAGCAGCAGCAGCAGCAGCAGCAGCAGCAGCAGCAGCAGCAGCAGCAGCAGCAGCAGCAGCAGCAGCAGCAGCAGCAGCAGCAGCAGCAGCAGCAGCAGCAGCAGCAGCAGCAGCAGCAGCAGCAGCAGCAGCAGCAGCAGCAGCAGCAGCAGCAGCAGCAGCAGCAGCAGCAGCAGCAGCAGCAGCAGCAGCAGCAGCAGCAGCAGCAGCAGCAGCAGCAGCAGCAGCAGCAGCAGCAGCAGCAGCAGCAGCAGCAGCAGCAGCAGCAGCAGCAGCAGCAGCAGCAGCAGCAGCAGCAGCAGCAGCAGCAGCAGCAGCAGCAGCAGCAGCAGCAGCAGCAGCAGCAGCAGCAGCAGCAGCAGCAGCAGCAGCAGCAGCAGCAGCAGCAGCAGCAGCAGCAGCAGCAGCAGCAGCAGCAGCAGCAGCAGCAGCAGCAGCAGCAGCAGCAGCAGCAGCAGCAGCAGCAGCAGCAGCAGCAGCAGCAGCAGCAGCACAGCAGCAGCAGCAGCAGCAGCAGCAGCAGCAGCAGCAGCAGCAGCAGCAGCAGCAGCUUUCCAGUUGAUCAACGCAUGA